CGUGUGUGUUUUCCCAGCGUGCCCCGCGCGGCUGUCAUGGCGGCCUCCUUGUCUGUGGGUCUCUAUCACGUGGGUCUCUAACCCCUUGCGUGUCUUCCCUGUGCCUGUGGCCAUUAGACGUCGGCGACUGUGUCCCCUCCUCUCUGUUUCGUCCUCUCCGGUGUGACACUUGUGGAAACCCGCCUUGGGGUACAGCGAUGCCCGGCGUGAUGUGGACCCCGGAGCUGGCGCUUCUGAGGGGCUUCUCCACCGAGGCGGAGCGGCUGUCUUGGAAGCAGGAGGGGAUCCGCGGCUCAGAUACUGGAGUUUUCUUACAAUUGCUGUUAGAAGGGAACUAUGAGGCUGUGUUCUUACAUUCAGUGACACAAGAUAUUUUAAAUUCAACAAUGAUGCCUGAAGAAAAGAUUGACAAUUACCUGGAGAAGCAGAUAAUAACAUUCCUGGAUUGCUCCACAGAUUUGGAUGAAAUUGAAAGACAGCGGCUGCUCUUCCUGCUUGGUGUCAGCAGCUUGCAGUUUUUUGUUCAGGAGAACUGGACCGGGCCGCCGGGGGACUUGCACCCUCAGGAUAUCUUGCCAUCUGUUUUGUUUGAGCAGCUCAGUGAGGUCAGAAGACUGGAUGCGGCUAUUCUGAGCUUGCUUACUCUAGAUGCUGAAUCAGUCUACAGCCUGACCUCGAAGCCCGUGUUGCUGCUGAUAGCACGCAUUAUCCUAGUGUCUGUCAGACAUAAACUGACAGCUAUCCAGAGCUUGCCAUGGUGGACUUUGAGAUACGUGAAUAUUCAUCAACAGUUGCUUGAGGAGCGCUCCGUGCAGCUUUUUGCUCUUGCUGAAGACCGUAUUGAUCAAGUGAUGAAACUAGAGAAUUUAUUUGAUGGUGAUUCAGGUCGACUUUUGGCUAUUCAAUUCCAUCUGGAAUGUGCACACAUAUUUUUAUAUUAUUAUGAGUAUAGAAAAGCAAAAGAUCAAUUCAACAUUGCUAAAGAUAUCAGCAAAUUGCAAAUUGAUUUGACAGGUGCUUUGGGAAAAAGGACACGAUUCCAGGAAAAUUAUGUGGCACAACUGAUUCUAGAUGUAAGAAGAGAAGAGGCUGUACUUUCUCAUUGUGAAUUCAGCCUAGCACCUACCCCUCAGGAAUAUUUAACCAAGAAUCUUGGGCUCAAUGAUGAUACUGUUCUGAAUGAGAUAAAGUUAGCAGACAGUGAGCAAUUUCAGAUGCCUGAUCUGUGUGCUGAAGAGCUUGCUGUUAUCCUUGGAGUCUGCACAGAUUUCCAAAAGAAUAAUCCAGUUCACAAGUUAACUGAAGAGGAACUGCUGGCAUUUACAUCGUGCUUGCUUUCACAACCAAAGUUCUGGGCCAUUCAGACGUCAGCCUUGAUCCUCCGGACAAAACUUGAGAGAGGAAGCACACGCCGAGUGGAACGGGCAAUGAGGCAGACACAGGCUCUUGCAGACCAGUUCGAAGAUAAAACUACAUCUGUACUGGAACGUCUGAAGAUUUUCUUUUGCUGUCAAGUGCCCCCUCACUGGGCUGUUCAGCGUCAACUUGCAAGUUUGCUCUUUGAGUUGGGAUGUACCAGGUCAGCCCUUCAGAUAUUUGAGAAGCUGGAAAUGUGGGAAGAUGUGGUCAUCUGCUAUGAAAGGACUGGGCAGCAUGGCAAGGCAGAAGAAAUCCUUAGACAAGAACUGGAGAAAAAAGAAACACCAAGUUUAUACUGCUUGCUUGGGGAUGUCCUUCGAGACCACUCCUGCUAUGACAAGGCCUGGGAGUUGUCUCAGCACCGCAGUGCUCGUGCCCAGCGCUGCAAAGCCCUCCUUCAUCUUCGGAACAAGGAGUUUCAGGAAUGUGUGGAGUGCUUUGAGCGCUCAGUGAAGAUUAAUCCCAUGCAGCUUGGGGUCUGGUUUUCUCUAGGUUGUGCCUACUUGGCUUUGGAAGACUAUGGAGGCUCAGCAAGGGCAUUUCAGCGCUGUGUGACUCUAGAACCUGACAAUGCUGAAGCUUGGAACAAUUUAUCAACUUCUUAUAUUCGAUUAAAAAAAAAAGCAAAAGCCUUUAGAACUUUACAAGAAGCUCUCAAAUGUAACUAUGAGCACUGGCAAAUUUGGGAAAACUACAUCCUCACCAGCACUGAUGUUGGGGAGUUCUCAGAAGCCAUUAAAGCUUAUCACCGGCUCUUGGAUUUACGAGACAAAUACAAAGAUGUACAGGUCCUUAAAAUUCUGGUCAGAGCACUGGUUAAUGGGAUGACCGAUCGAAGUGGAGAUGUCACCUUCAGCCUCAAAGAAAAGCUGCAGGAAUUGUUUGGCAGAGUAACUUCGAGAGUGACCAACGACGGUGAAAUCUGGAGGCUGUAUGCCCAAGUGCACGGGAGUGGGCAGAGUGAGGAGCCUGAUGAGAAUGAGAAGGCAUUCCAGUGUCUCUCAAAGGCGUACAAAUGUGACACACAAUCCAGUUGUUGGGAGAAAGAUGUUGCAUCAUUUAAGGAAGUGGUUGAGAGAGCCUUAGGACUUGCACAUGUGGCUAUAAAAUGCAGUGAAAGCAAAUCCAGGCCCCAAGAAGCUGUUCAAGUGCUUUCUUCAGCUCGACUCAAUUUACGGGGCCUGCUGUCCAAAGCAAAGCAAAAUUUUACAGAUGUGGCAAGUGGAGACAUUUGCAGAGAGUUAGCAGAUGAAAUGGCAGCAAUGGAUGCUUUGGUAGCAGAGCUGCAAGACCGAAGCAACCAGUUUCGGAAUCAGUACUGACCAUGUGGAAGCAGCUUUUGGCAAAGGUGCUUUUGCCUUCUCAAAUCCUGAUACCUGUAUAGCUGAAGCACGAGCUACUGAUUUUUACAAUAAAUUUGUUUGGUGGUUAAAGUUC